AUGACGCUCAACAAAAUUCCUGCCGAGCUACCAGACUCCUUCCCAGAUUUCCCUACCCCCUCUCAGGCUGCUCGUCGGUCCCCUAGUCGCAGAGAAACGAUACUUAGUCUCGUUGAGAUGCUUCUGCAAGAUUCCGACGGCCAAAGAAUAAAUAUACCCAACAACCCAGUUUCGAGGACGACAGAGACGUCCCUUCGAAACUUUGCCAAUGCUGCUCGUCGACUGGGAAGCUCCGUUGCGAUUAUUUCUUCUGCUUACCGACUUCGAGAACGUCUGGCUCAAAUUCUUUACCUCUAUCAGGAGAAUGCUGCUGACCUUUUUCCGCAAAAAAUUGCGCACAUUUCUCGCGAAUCAAUUACGGAAUUUCGUGCACCAGAACGACGCACAAGGCGUGGUAGGCGAAGAAGGGGAAAAGCACCCUUACACGUUCUGAGGCCUGCUGUGACCGAACAUUUGGACCUGGAGUGUUUUCCCGAACAGCUGGAGGCCUUGGCGAGGGAGGUGACAGCAUUUUUGGAUACCUUAAAUGAGUUUCUGGAGUUUCCGGACAAAGCUGUCAAUGCUUCGAUCUUGUCAUUUGAAGGCCAAUUCCGAUACCCUGCAGUGCAACAAAUAAUACAAUACAUAUAUGAUCUCACUGAUGAAAUGGGUGAGCAUAUUGAUGGCAUAACUUCAUCUCUCUGCAUGUUCAUUGAUGUUGGUGUUCCAAUUAUUUGUUUUCUUACCAGCUGGAACACAACACUGUCUCUGAUGCUGUCAACUCUAUGUGGUUUGCAUCAAUGGUCUUUAGCAUUGCAGCAGCUGUUAAUAGCCUCCUGGGGCUCACAUGGAAACAAGCAAUGUAGUGCCCUGUUGCCUGUUUCUCCAUUGGACUCUGCUGUUUUGCUUAUGCUUCACAUCAGAACACUGGACAUUCACUCGACAUUGUGGCUAGAAAUGGCUCAGUGA